GGUAAAGUUGAGCUCUGGAUGCUUCGAAAGUUUCCGAAGGUCUCCGAAAGACCGUAAAAUGUAACGUGAAUGCUUGCUGUACCAGCCGUGGGUGUCUCCGCUGAUGACUAUGAAUAGAGUUAAUUGCCAGCUUUUUUUUUUACGGUGUUUGGUCGUAACUUCCCUGGGCGGAAGCCAUCGGAACUAAACUGAUUCCAGACCAGCUAAGCUAACUGAGAUAGCUUUACCCGCGAGCCUUGAAUCUUAAGUUGUCAACAUUGGUCACUUACUGUACGCAAAGGUCUGGACACGAAAUAUAAGGGAACUAUUUUGGGGUUAAGAUCAUGGAGGCCAGCGGCUUGGUGGGUGACUGUCUGUCUCCUGAGUCCACGGUGACCUCCCUGCUGUCCAGCUCAGGUCACCUGAGGAGCAGCCUGCUGGCUCCUGAACACAACACCACCUUCAGAUACAGAGACCAGAACUAUUACUCGGCCUCAGCGGCGUUGGACGCCUACAUCACAGACUUUGAGAGGAGUCGGCAGGACAGCGCGUCGUUGACCGGAAGGCUUCUUCUGCCUCACAGUUUGCCCUCCACGCUGAGCAGACCCAGAGUGAGCGAGCUCAGAAACAAAGAUGUUCUCAGGGAGCGUUUGACCGACAGGGAGCUGGACUUCCUGAACCUCCCCGUCAGCUCUCUCCAUCACCGCGGCAACCGAGACAGACUCUCCAUGACGACGGACGAGCUGCUGUCCAUCCCUUACGACGGCUCGAUGCCUGUCACUCACACCUCCGCCUUCAUCCAAGGUUUCCUGUCCCAGUCUGGACCCUCAGAGCCCCCCUUUUCCUCCUCCAGACCAGCACACAGAACCUGGGACAGACUCAGCAGCAGCCAUGGUGCCCCCCAGCUGAACCACCACCACCUUCAUCCAACCAGGAUGCCCAGGAGCUCCAGGUACAGAGAGAGACCAGGGGCAGCCAUGUUGAAUCCACAUGUGGACGUCUCCUCAGCCAGCUGCCAUAGGCAGUCUGCACACAGAGCAGCAAGGUCAGAGUGGGCGUCUCCGUCCCUCCACCUCCCUCGCUGGUUCACCAGUAACAGGCCUGACAUGGACUGCUCUGGGAUCACCAGCGUGCCGGACCUAAAGUACCCCGCUUGGGUCCAACGCUGUGACCUUAGUGAGAUGCCUCCGCCCACAGAGUCAGAGCUGUGGGAUGACCCCGGUGUUCUUCCGCCUGCAGCUCCCAGAAACAAGGCUCCAUCCUGGGUGGCAGAGCUGGAGGUUGAUGAUCCCGACCAGACACCUGAUCAGAGAGAUCAGGUUGACCAGCGGACUCUCAGAGACCUCAGGCUUCAGUUUGCUGAACAGAUUUCUGUCCUCGCCGCAGAGAGACACAGCUCUGACGUCAUGGAGACUCUGUUCAGAGACAACAGGAUGGAGUCUCUGAUCCAGAAGGCCGACCAGGUGUUGAACAGCCUGUCUCACAGCUCUGGAGAAGCAGACGGUCCUGCAGAUCCAGUCAGUCCUACUGAUUGUGUGGAAGAAGCAGUCAGUCCAGUGAACACAGAGGAGCUGCUGCUCUGUUCUUCUCACCGUCGUCCCUUCGCUUGGGACUCAGAGGCAGCAUCAGGGAGCAUCACAGAGGCUCCGCCCCAUCGAGGAGCUCAGGCUCGGGUCUCCGGUCUCCACGGUAACAGCAUCUUUAAGCAGCCUGGUCCAGUGGAGGCUCUGAAACAGAUGCUGUUCAGACUGCAGGCAGUGGAGGCGGAGCUUCAGCGACAACAACAUGCACGGGUAGCUAAGAUGGAGGCUCCAGUGAAGCAGAGGCCUGAAGGUGAUGCGGAGCUGGAGAGAUUUCCUGGUGGACCGUCGCUACAGAGAGCGAUGCAUCACCUGAGCCGUCUGAAGGUGUUGGUGGAAGAACCCAGAGAGAAACACCCAGAGGAAGAGGGGGAGAGGGACGAAGAUGAAGGACGCUACUCUUCUUCCUCUGCUGACGGACUCAUCUGUAGUCAGCAGAAACCCUCCUGAAGCUACCGGCCUGUUCACCAGAGCAAGAGACUUCCUGUCAGUGUCUCCAUCCGUCAGUCCUCACGUCACCGUGUCCAGCAGCACCAGGAAACAGCAGAUGAUUCUAGAUGGUCUGCUCUGGAUAUGUAUUUUAAAGGAAAAGGUGUAAUUUUUUUGGACAAUAACACAGAGACCAAACCAGACUCUUCUGGAAAUCCAUGAAAUGUGUAUUAAAGAGCAGUCUGACCUUUUGGAAAAUCCUCUUGUUAGAUUAGAGGAUGGUUUCAAUAGCUAAGUUGCUAACAUCCUUCUUUUUUACAUUUCUAUUUGGAUGAAAAAAUCUCACACUGCUGCUCAUUAAAUUCUGGAUGAGAAUGAAGCUCUGCAAUGUUGAGGACACUCGAUGUAAGGGAAGAAAUGACAAGACGGACACAAAUAUUAACAUCUUUUUAGUUAUUGCAAGCAUCUGUUCAGCUGCUGAGACACUAAAAGUGUCAACUUAAUAUGUAAAUGUGCCAAUAUGAAUGAGGGAUAUAAUGUCUAGUGGUUUGUUACUGCACUGACAAUUUAAUUUAAAUGAUAAAUGUAUCUAUUUGUAGCCAGGCUAGCAGCAAGACUCUGGAGAAAACAGUGUCACAAUGUGUUAGCAUGCUGUCAACCAGACAUGCAAUAUAGUAAACCUAGCUAACUUGCUAAACAUGUUAAAAUACUAAUGUUAACAUGUCAACUGUAACUUUAGCCAUAUUAAUAUGCUAACAUCAGCAUUUCUACAUUGUAAUGCAAAAUGUGACUUGUUUAUUUUAGCAUGUUUUCAUGCUAAACGCUCAAUCUUACAAGCUUAACCUCAGCAUGUUGGCUACUAAGCUACACAUUAGUGGCCAUAUUAGAAUGAUAAAUGCUACCCACUAAAGUUUUAAAAUAUUCCCAGACUGAAACCUAAAACAUCACAUGUUAAACGUCCGAUGUUGAACCUCAACAAUGAUGUUGUGAUCUAAAUGAGGGAACUUCUGUUAGUACACCGUUAUUAAUUUAGGCAAAGUUCUUCAUGUCACACUGAUGUAAUGAGCCGGUUUAGCUCAAUGAAAAAUGGGUUAAGACAUGUUUAUAUUUAUUUUUAUUUGAUCCGCGCUGCCUAGUUUGUUUGAAAUUCACAAGCGAUGAUUUUAUAAAAAAAUAUUAAAUAACAGUUCUAGAACUUUAUUAUAUUUGCAAAAAGUUACCAACUGGAGCUUUGAGCCUUCAGUCCACUUCAGUCCAACCUGAUGGAAAGUGUAACAAUGAAGAGCUGAGUCUGAGAUGUCCUAAAUGGCCCCUACGAUACAAAUCAUGCUGCGUUCAUUGUGUGGGAGUUACCACCACCUCAAUUUUAAAAGCAAUAUUAAAAGCAAAUUGUCGGAUUUAUUAUUACGAGUGGAAAAAGCUUAUAUAUGUCCAGUGUGGAGCUUAUUAAUACAGAUGAGCCUGAGAAACAGGUUGUGAACACGGAAUCUUUCCAUCUCUACCAUCCAUCCCAUAUGAUUGAACGCAACAGAAACACUUUGAUUUGGUAACAAAAGUGACCUCAGGAUGAACCUCAACCAGGUAAUGAACUUACCCUGUAUGAUUUGGACGGGAAACAGGACGACAGUUCAUUGAUUCAUUCGUAUUUGUAUCACUUUUUCUCUUUCAGAAGGCACACUGUCAGUGUUUUCUGUCUUGCUUCACAGUCCGAACCAUUAAAGUGCCAAAUCAGCAUGCAGGCAGACAGGUGACCUGAACAUGAAAACAUGUAUGUUUUGUAACAGAUCUGUGCUUUUAUUCUUGGAAUGUCUCCAGCUGGUCUGUCUGAGACGGUUUGUCCUCAAACGGUUCACAUUAAAACAUUUCUUGGUUUAAUUCCGUCAUGGUGUCAAGUCAUUUUUAUAAGGAGCAUUCCUCUUUCACAGCUUUCCUUAAACCUGAUAUCUUUUAAAAACAUUCCAAACUGACAAAUAUAUAUA